AUGAAGGUUCAAAUUGCGUUAGUGAAAGACUAUCAUUUAUCGAAGAGUCGAGCCGUCGUUUUUAUCGGAUACUGCGUUCUCGAUUGGUCGGGUGCACGUCUGUUGUCGGCAUUUCUCAUCAACGGUGUAUUGGUUGUGAUGGUCUGUCACGAUCGUCGGGAAUGUAAUCUCGUCCGUCACUCGACGAUCAGAGAACUGAUUUCGGAAAUCGCAUCAUGUCAAGGUUGUCAUCUCGCGGACACCGUGUCAAACAAACGUCGCAUCAGUCGAUUUCAAUACAUGUCAUUGACACAUCAUAUUGUUUGA